AUGGCGUCUCAGAAAUCGAUCUGGUUUUUAGUUGCCAUGUUCAUCAGUUUCUUAUCUUCUUCACAUGCUGUCACCUUGGAAGUUGGUGACGAUGAUGGCUGGACCUUAAACCCUAUUGAAGACUACAAUGCAUGGUCCGGCAGAUUGAGGUUUCUGGUCAACGAUACCCUCUAUUUCAAGUAUGAAGAUGCCACGGAUUCUGUUUUGGUGGUGGACAAAGAUGAUUAUGAAAACUGCAAUGUUGAUAAUGCCAUCGAGAAGCUGGAUGGUGGUGAAUCGUAUUUCAAACUUGAACAACCGGGUCCUCAUUACUUCAUUACUGGUAAUAAAUCCAACUGUGAUCAAGGUCAGAAGCUUAUUGUGUCGGUUUUGCACAUCAGAACCCAAUCGCCACCUUCAACUCCACGUGCUCCAUCACCCCUUCCACCAGCACCGUCAUCUCCUCUCACAGUAACCCCACCAUCUGCAACUCCGGUUUUGAAUCCACCCACAUCUAUAGUUAGCUCACCUUCUCCGCUUGGUAGUAAUCCGGCAGACAAGGCGUCAUCGACAUCUACAGUGAUUUCUGGUACCACAGCUGCAUCACUUGUGACUUUGAUUAUUGCUUUGUGUUCGAUUAUUUGA